AUAGCAUACCACGUCGUAGCAGGAAUCCUACAUGUUUGCAAGCCACGUGGAACUCAUGUACAACUCGAGCUCGCUCAAGAUAAUCCAUGACUGUCUGGACGCGAAUUAGGCAGACAUCAUGUGUCCUAGUCCAAACUUAAAGCUUAUUAACACGUAUAAUAUAAAGCAAAAUAUAGGGAGAAUUGAAAAAGCUCGGCUACAUGUUCCAAUCUUUCAACGAAUCCUAGCAAAGAAAAUAUAAGGUCCCAUGCAAGAACACAGGAAACGCCUCCAUUGAUCAUUAUUUGAUUCUUGAGCUAGGAAGUCGACCCAAGAUACACAUGCAUAGCGACACAUGGCUGAAAACAAAACCCCCGAAUCGUCCGUCUCGUUCAGCCAUUUUGCCGGUCUCGAAGCCCUGGAUCCCACCAAACGGGAGCUGUUGGAAGCCCGCUUUUCAGCACCAAGGCCAUUUAGCCAAGACUCACAAACAAGCAAUGCCUCUUCUACUGGGAGUGACAGAGAGUAUGACCAGUCGACGCCAGGAAACAGAGGAGAGAAACAUGCAGGCCGUAAGAGAAAGGCAGCUCCUACUGACGGGGAUUCACCAAGUUUGUUGGCUUCUAAGUCAGGAAGAGGCGAUUCAAUGGCAAGCAACAAGAUAACCGAGUACUUCAAGAAUGACUCACCAGCAAGAACCAGUAGUCCUUCUCAGAAUCUUCUCCCAUCAUUCACAGCUCAGUGUCAUAUUGAAAGCUCGCUAUCUAAUCCUGUCCCUGUCAGGGGGCGGAACAACAGUUCCUCGCGGCAAGACUGGAAUGACGAUUUGAUGUGUAUUAGCAUCCAUGAGGCAUGCCAGACAUCACUGACAAUGUCAACUAUUAAGGAUAUGGAAAACCAUAUGUCUUACGGUGUAGAGAAAUCUCAAAAAAAGGAUGACACUAUUCAGGAUCUUAAGAGACUUUUGGACAGUUAUAAAGAAGAGAUAUCAAAACAUGAGAAAAAGGAAGAUGAGUUAAAGCAACGCUUACAAAAAUGUACAGAAGUCAAUGAACAUCUCCUACUUGAAGCAGCACGGCUUGAAAAAAAAAGGGUGAGAGAGAACUGUAGCGAAAAUCGUCUCCGACUUGGACAGUUUGUUCCUGUACGACAAGGUGCCCAGUUUGUGGACUCAUGGUCAGAGGGUUAUGCAUUCAAGGAGCUUAACAAACAACAAGAGAAAAUCAACCAAAAACGAGAAGAACUUGAAAAACAGAAGAAAUUAUUAGUUAAGAAGAAACCAUCAAGUGGAGCAACAGUCAAAGAUAAAAAAGGAAAGUCUAGUGAUGGAGAAUUCACCAGACCCCUUUCGCCUGUUUUGUCACCGAUGGAGUACUAUGAAAAAGAGGAAAUACUCAAACUUAGAGCUGCAGCCCUAAAAAAGGAGGAAACAGAACUGCAACUUGAGCUGGACAAACUAGACAGAGAACGAAGUUUACAUAUUCGAGAGAUUAAACGCUUACAGCAUGAAGAUAAUUCCAGGUUUAAAAACCAUCCAAAGUUAAAUAAUCAGUAUCUGCUGCUCAGUUUGCUUGGCAAGGGUGGCUUUAGUGAAGUAUAUAAGGGCUACGAUCUGGUAAAUCAUAGAUAUGUUGCAUGUAAAAUACACCAGCUAAUAAAAGAGUGGAAAGAAGACAAGAAAGCGAACUAUAUCAAACAUGCCCUGAGAGAAUACAACAUUCACAAAUCACUGAACCAUCCUAGAAUAGUCCAACUCUAUGAUGUUUUCGAGAUCGAUGUUGAAUCGUUCUGUACUGUGCUGGAAUACUGUGAUGGGAAUGACUUAGACUUCCUUCUCAAGCAACACAAAACUGUCCCUGAAAGAGAGGCAAAGUGCAUUGUUAUGCAGACUGUUCGCGCAUUGAAGUAUCUAAAUGAAAUCAAGCCCCCUGUUAUCCAUUACGAUUUAAAACCAGGCAAUAUAUUGCUUGUUGGAACCGGAGCAUUCAGCGGUGAGACAAAAAUCACCGACUUCGGAUUGAGCAAGAUUUUCGAGUCUGACGAGGAUGACAGCAUGGAGCUGACCUCACAAGGUGCUGGCACCUACUGGUACCUCCCCCCUGAAUGCUUUGUGGUCGGCAAAGAACCCCCCAAGAUAUCUUCAAAGGUGGAUGUUUGGUCGGUCGGAGUUAUAUUUUACCAGAUGUUGUAUGGGCGAAAGCCGUUUGGCCACGAUCAAACCCAAGCGUCCAUUUUGGAGAACCGGACUAUUCUCAAGGCCCGCGAGGUAGAGUUCCCUGCUAAGCCAGUGGUCAGCUCAGAGGCCAAGAAUUUUAUCAGACGUUGCUUGGCUUAUCGCAAAGAUGACCGUGCAGACGUACUCACAUUGUGCGAUGAUGUUUACCUGAAGCCUACGAGCAAGAAAACCAGCACAGCUGCGUCGUCUUCGUGACAACAACUCCAUGACACACUUUGAUCACUACCUUCCUUCCUUGGCUAGCACGUGCUAUCCGUGUCAUGGUCACGUGCUCAUGGUCACGUGCAGCAGACAGCAUUGGUCUAUGAUGGAUUGAAUGUUGGUUGAGUUGAGGCUGGUAAUGCUUUAACAUUAUAUAUCUCAACAGACUCAGGUAGAAAUAUUUCCUACUGAUGUGAUCCUUGUGCGAACAUUUCACGUUUUGUUCUCUAGUCCCCUCCACGGGAAUUUAUAGCGAGUCCUGGCUUUGAUGAUAGCUUCGCUGUUUGAUUAAAAUGCUGUUUUCCUAUAGAGCAGAAAAAGAUUUAUGAUACUUUGGGGAUUUAACUUGGAAAUCAAUUAAUUCAUCUUACAAUGAAUUGUAAAAAUUUAACCCCUUCUUCAAAACCAAGUUAUUAAUGUACUACUAAGUCAGAUACUUUUCAUAUGGAAACCACAGACAAGCGAUAGAAGAAUAUUAUGGACACUACGCUAUUUGUAGAUUGACAGCAUUGCUUCUUUGUAUUAUAUCGACACAAAAAUAAAAACAAGUGAAUAUGUA